CACAGAUGUUACCCCACUGUUGAAGUGCGUGCUAAGACCUUCAAUGGGUCAACACAUCUGCCUGUACCCUUGGACAAUGCUUUUCUUAAAGCCUUGCUUUUUGAACUGAGACUCACAGAUGACCAUAUUUUCAUAAAGCAUUGAGAUACUUGCACCUGAAUCAAUCAUUAAUCACUAUAUUCAGUUUGCACUGAAGGAAGGGAUGUCUGGCCCGUGCUUGCUUUUCAGAAGAGUGGUCUGAUACAUACAUGUGUUCCACUAAUUGAGGAGACCUUGGAGCCACAGCCACCCCUCCUCACUGUUAGUGGGCUCUCACAAGGACUAGCUCUUUUGUUAAGCAUUGUGGACUACAUCUCUCCAAGUUGGAAAAAUGAAGCUGAGAUGAGUGUGAAAAUAGGCCAGCUUCAUUUGGUUAUACAGGCCUGUCCGCGCUUGGCACCGCCGUAAACACAAACAUGUAGCUUAAACAGCUCAUUUGAUAACAUUCAGGAAAUACCUACAGAUAAGAAUCAACCGUCUUGGAGAUCCAACACAUAUAAAGGCAAACCUCAGGUGAAUGUCUGUAUCACUGAAAAAGUCAAGUGUAUGCAGUAUGACAAAACAGAUGUGGACAUGUGGCAAGUGUAUGGAACUGUAAAUUGCAAGUGUGACAUAGAGGGAUCUGCACCAAACAUAACCCUCAGUUUGAAUAUCCCGACUAAUGGUCCUCCACUCCAAGAUAUCAUGGUCCAUCAUUGUGUGACUUCCAUUGACCCUGCCAUGCUGCUGUCCAGUAGUGCCGAACCUCUGGGUGAUUCUGUUAACAGACCUUACGAAUUUCCUUUCAUUCCUCCUUCAGAUUCCUUCAAUUUGUGUAACUACACAUUCCAGGUUCCUGUUCCACCAAUUUUGGGAUGUUACCAACUUGUUGAAGAGGGAUCACAGUUAAAAAUAACAGUUAAUUUGAAGCUUCAUGAAAGCAUAAAGAAUUCUUUUGAGUACUGUAACGCUCAUAUACCUUUUUUCAACAGGGGCCCAAUCGCUCAGUUAGAGUACAAAGUUAGUUAUGGCCAACUGGAUUUGUCCCAAGAGAAGAGCCUACUGUUUGGAGUCAUCGGACAGAAGUUCCCUAAAUCUUUGAAAGUUUCUCUGACUGGAACCAUGUCCUUUGGCACUGCAGGCAAAGAGCACCCAACUGUUGUUUGCACUGGGAACACUGCUUACGUAAAACUGUCUUUUAGAAUCCCAGACUUUACACGAUGUUAUGUAGACCAGCAUCCUACUCAGAUCUCUGCACCAGGAAAACCCAGAAUUACUGCAUCCUGGGAACGGAUUUCUUCCAGUUACUACAUCUGGAAUUCCAAAGCACCAGCACCUACAGUGUACAAAACCUUACUUGACUAA